AAGCACCCUAGUGGGUUCAGCCUCACGUUGUAUGUGGUUGAAGAUUUUUUUCCAAAGAGUCUGAUGGGAAUUUUUAUCUCAGAGGACUCCAAAUUGUGGUAGCUCAUUUGUUAUCCUUUUAGGGUAGGGUGUGUUUUGUUUUGGGGCUUUUAAUAUUUUCCCUUCAGUCCAAAAAUGGAUUGAAAGGGCUGGGAGGGCUGAUUCCAGUCCCUAAUGGGGGAAAAUGUUUCAUUGUAGGACACAAGAGGCUUAAGCACGGCAAAGCCUUUCAUAUCGUGAUUUAUUUGUCAUAAGCAAAUAAAAUGCGGUUAAGCUGUCUCCUUCUAGACAGACGGCUCUUUGGUUAUUAAAGUUCCAAGAGAGGAUUCCAUGAGGCCGGCCUCUUUCCUCACAGCAUAAGAAGGUAUUGCUUUCCUCUAAGGUGUUUAAGGCUUUAAUGAGUCUAAUUUUUUGCACAGAUGUUUCUGGGUGUUUGCAGGUUUUCAGAGUAUUUUUAUAUUACAAAGGAGGUAGCCGGUGCCAUAGCUCAAACUCUGACAAGCAAAUAGAUAAUCAAGAAGACAAAUGGCCUCUUUUGUGAAGCCUUGCUCCUGUAUUAAUUUUCAUUUUCUUUCUCAUAGAAAGUAUCGAAAGUAUGACUGGGGACCAAAUAGCUUUCUGUCUCUGAGGUCCCGGUCACCCCUAGAAUGGAGUGGGGGUAGGGGAAAGGGGUACAGGUGACCCUCAGAAGCUCUGUCAGGCUCGGAUUUGCUUUUGUGCAGCACUGCUUAGAAGUUCUAAGGUCUGCGGGCUCCAGUCUCAGGGUCUUUGGUCCAUUGGUUAUCCAGGGUGCAGCCACCCCAUCUCCAAAAAGCUCGGGGCUCAGGAGAGCAUAUACAAUUAAAAGUCGUUUUUUCUGUCCCAUCUCCUUUCAGAAAAUAAAAAGAACCAAUCCCACCCAAAUGUUUUCUUGUUAUUUAUUUUGCAUUCUUCCCUUUUGCAGCUCUGGUAGUUGGAGGCUGGGUAGGGCAGGGGGAACGGACAGAUCGUUGUCCCCAGCCGAGAAAGGGCUGCUGAACUGUCCAUUUCAAUGCUGCUGGGAGAGUCGUGAAAAAUCGCUGUGGACCUGGAGGAUGAGAGGGGAGAGCUUUAUUUGGUCGGAUCGCGGUGUGAUGGUUUAGCUGCCAGGGGAUGCCUCGGCCCUGAGUUGAGGGGGAAAAUAGUUCUUAAAAAGCAUAUGCCCCCUAAGGAAUGUCUCUAAAGAGCCAAAUCAAAGCUGCUCCUUGGAAGGUAUGAAUAGAAUUUAAAACAAAGAAAAAAAGAUUUCUAUGGAGCUUAAAGUUCACAGCCAUUCUGUGUAGACAAGAGCUAAGAAAAAUGUGAGAAUUAUACAGAAAACCAUUAAUCACUUCUUUUCUUUAAAUACGUAUCCUCUCUCCUUUGUUAUUAUUCAACAGCAAACCUCCUCAGACCGGCUGUUGGGGGAAAAAAGUGUUAGCCGUCUCUCCCGGAUCUGCGAGGGGGAAAAAAUUUGGAACCAUAAAGUUGAAAACUUUUUUCUCUCAGUUUGGAAGAAGGCCUUCGUCAUGAAUGGGAUCGGCGGAGUUCGGGCGAGAGGAGGCGAGAGGCGCAAAGGAGGGGAGAUUUCUCGCCUGCCGCUCGCGCUGGGGCUCGAUGUGAAUAUAUAUUAUGUCUGCCUGUUCUCCCCUCGUCGGUGGCUAAGGUCAGCCGUUUGGAACAGACCCCGGAGGAGGGGGGCACAGAGGGGAGGGGGGGGGUCCGGCGUGUCACGUGACCCCCAGGGUUGCCAAUGUCCGGCCCUGAGGGUAUCAGGCCUUUGCAAGUUUUCACCCACUGCCCGGGCCUCAUCCAGCGAUGCAGAAAGCCACCUACUACGACAACGCCGCGGCUGCUCUCUUCGGAGGCUACUCCUCGUACCCUGGCAGCAAUGGCUUCGGCUAUGACGGCCCCCCCCAACCCCCAUUUCAGGCCGCCACACACCUGGAGGGCGACUACCAGCGCUCAGCGUGCUCACUGCAGUCCCUGAGCAACGCUGCCCCACAUGCCAAGAGCAAGGAGCUCAACGGCAGCUGCAUGAGGCCCGGCCUGGCCCCCGAGCCCCUGCCCGCCCCGCCCGGCUCACCCCCGCCCAGCGCCGCACCUACCAGUGCCACUAGCAACAGCAAUAAUGGGGGUGGGCCCAGCAAAAGUGGUCCCCCCAAGUGCGGUCCCGGCACCAACUCCACCCUCACCAAACAGAUAUUCCCUUGGAUGAAAGAGUCAAGGCAAACGUCCAAGCUGAAAAACAGCUCCCCCGGCACAGCAGAGGGCUGUGGCGGCGGCGGCAGCGGUGGUGCCAGCAGCGGCGGCGGAGGCGGUGGUGGCGGCGGGGGCGGCAGCGGCGGCGGCACGGGAGGGGACAAGAGCCCCCCGGGGUCGGCGGCAUCCAAGAGGGCGCGAACCGCGUACACGAGCGCACAGCUGGUGGAGCUGGAGAAGGAGUUCCACUUCAACCGCUACCUGUGCCGGCCUCGCCGUGUGGAGAUGGCCAACCUGCUGAACCUCAGCGAGCGGCAGAUCAAGAUCUGGUUCCAGAACCGGCGCAUGAAGUACAAGAAGGACCAGAAGGCCAAGGGGCUGGCCUCGUCGUCAGGGGGCCCCUCUCCCGCCGGCAGCCCCCCUCAGGCCAUGCAGUCCACGGCCGGCUUCAUGAACGCCUUACACUCCAUGACCCCCAGCUACGAGAGUCCGUCCCCGCCCGCCUUCGGCAAAGCCCACCAGAAUGCCUACGCGCUGCCCUCCAACUACCAGCCUCCUCUCAAAGGCUGUGGCGCCCCGCAGAAGUACCCCCCGCCCCCGGCGCCCGAGUAUGAGCCGCACGUCCUCCAAGCCAACGGGGGCGCCUACGGGACGCCCACCAUGCAGGGCAGUCCGGUUUACGUGGGCGGGGGUGGCUACGCAGAUCCGCUGCCGCCCCCUGCCGGCCCCUCCCUCUAUGGCCUCAACCACCUUUCCCAUCACCCUUCCGGGAACCUGGACUACAACGGGGCGCCCCCUAUGGCCCCCAGCCAGCACCACGGACCCUGCGACCCCCAUCCCACCUACACAGACCUCUCCUCUCACCAUGCGCCUCCUCCUCAGGGUAGAAUCCAAGAAGCGCCCAAAUUAACGCACCUGUGAUGGGAGAGGGCAGACGAGGGUUAGGGGAUGGGGAGGAGGAGGGAGACUGUGGAGCUCUGUGGGGGCAGCCUGGACGUCUGAAAGAGGGGCCAGGGAGGUAGUAGUCAGGCUGCCUGCGCAGAACCAGCCUGAAACUCCUUCCCCUCCUCCUGGCCUGAGAGGUUGCUUUUAAGUCCUCCACCCCUUGCUCCAUCUGCCUGCCAACCCAUCGGGAAAGGAAUCCACAGCAGAUUGGAGAUGACCCCAUCAACCCCAGGGCUCCAGCACUACCAAGUUGGAAUUCCACGCCCGGAAGUGGGGUAGAGGAAGAUGAGAUAGGACGAGGCAGAGAAGCACAUUUUAAAAACCAGACAAGAUGGCUAGGCCAUCACCACCCAACGGACUUACCUUACAUCUUCGUAGGUAAUUCCCCCCAAAUCUUGAUUUUUUUUUUCCUCAAUUCUCCUUUAAAAAAAUAAGAAAACACGUUUCAAACCCAAGGGGCACAAAGCACGUUCCCUUUCAACUUCCCCCAGUCCUCGAAUUUGUUCCCAUUUAUUUGAGGUUUAUUGAGGUACCUACCCCCUCCAUUUCCAGCCCCAGGUUUUUCUGCUCUAAGACAUUCAUAUCUAUACAUCCCACCCUCAUCAAUUACAGCUUUUAGAGGGCUCAGGGAUGGUGAGAGAUCCUGAAAGAGCUGCCUAUAUUAUAAAUGAUAUAUAUAUUUUUAAGGAAAAGUGUGGAGGCUAAGGCAGGCAGGUUGUUAGGACUGAAGGCUUGCCCAUUCUGCUGCCUCCAUUUCAGCUCCAGCUCCAUCCCCCUCUCUCCACAGAAAGCAGUUGGUGACACGAGGUUCUCCACUUUUCUUUUCUUCUGUUGCUCUCUUGACUUAACGUGAAAACAGGGUAUAUUUGAACAAACUGACUGUCCCAGGCAGGGGCUGCUGCAGGGCCUGUAUGCCUUGCUCAGUCUCCUGACAGGGCACUUUUGUUGCACUUAGAGUUUACAUUUUAAUGGAUAUAAAAACAACUGUGAGAGAUGUCUGGGCCUGCAGAAGUCCGCAUCGCUCAAAAAAGCGUGUGUUCUAGUGAACAUUUUCAUAUAUAUUUAUUGGUUAUAGCCUGUUAAAAUAUUUUCUUUUUUGUAUUAUUUAUCCCCCUACAUUAUGUAUUUAUAUGAGGGAAAAAAAUGAAAAAAUUGUACUUUUUUAGUAUUUACUUGUUAUAAAGGACAUUGUGUUUUCUGUCAUGUAAAACCAGCUAUUUUAGUUAUUAUCGUACUCUAGAAAAGAGCUGUAGAUUUAUGUUAAACUAGUACUUAUGAACAAUUGUAAUUAGUUCUAAAAGGCAUGAACUCAGCUCCUAAUUGUCGCUGUAUAGUCCUGAAUUUGUAGAACUAGAGUUAAUUCCCUCUUGGAACUUUCUUUGUUCUUCAGUAGUUACUUUUUUCCUUACCUAAAAGGGUUGUCUGUCAAACAAUUCUUGAAUAAACUUUGUGUUAUCAAUUUUA